AUGGCUGACACGGUGCCGGCGUCGAAAGCCAAUCGCUGGGAACCGGCAAGUGAAACGACCAACAGCGCAACGGCUACUUCUGCACCAGGGCUACAGGACCUUGAGGCCAAGCUUUCUGCAGACAGCGAUGAUGAGCUGUCAGGUAUGGACAGCAGGACCGUUGCGGCACAAGAGCACACCGCUGCUCCGUCACAGGAUCCAAACGAUCUGCUCCGUCGUCCAACUCGACCCCGUACGAACACCACCAAUCGCCAGUUUACCGACUACUCAAGUCAAUUGCCCCGGCUCAAACGCGAAGAAACGAGAAUGAUGCAGAAGGAGGCCCACCCUUUCGAACAUCUGGGCAUAACCUUAGGACUGCCGGCGAUCCUGCUGUUUGAUAUUGUGGUCCCAUGUAUUAUCUACUAUACGUGGUACAACAGUCACAAGCACAAAUGGGAGCGGCAGUGUCGCAACGAUUACCAUGCUCAGCCAGGACCAGACUGUCCGAUCCCCAAACCUGAGUACGACAAAGACAUCUUGGGCUAUGCUGUCAUUUCUUUCGGUGCCGGCGAGCUAUGGAUCUUAAUUGCUCGAGUCUGGAGGCUGUACUUUCGACGGGAAGAGUGUGCUCCUCUACUGUCGAGGUCCAAAUGGGAACUUGACGCAACCUCAUGGGUCUAUGCCGUCGCCAUGCUCGUGGCUUUGAUCCCGUUUGUCGUAGGCAGCUCGCUGGUCAUGCCUCAUCUCUAUCUGUACGGCCCGAGCUGUCUGAUGGGAUUUCUGGGCGUUCUCAUGGUGAUCACAACAUGCCAUCCAUACAAGAUACCCAUCGGAAUCAACAGUCAUGCUCGGGGGACAGGCCUCAGGCCGUUCAUUUACUAUGCUGCCGAGGACUUUAUUGCUGUCGAUGGCCUCCAGGAUCGAGAGUUCCGAGUUCGAUACAAUGAUCGAUACGAGUCGAACAAGGCAUUUCGCAGGAUGUUUCUGUACCUCACUCUUUGGUGGAUCUUUGGUGUUCUGACGUACAUUGGUGCCGUGUCCGCCGUCAUCUGGACAUUGGACUUCCACUAUGCUUUCGGCCUGUCACUCGGAGUUCUUUUUGCGUACAUUGCUAUCUGGGCCGGUACUUCAUAUGGGUAUGUGAAGUGGGAAAUCGCUCGGGAACACAAAAUCUUUGACGAGGGCAAAUUCAAGCAGGACCACAACGUAUGA